UUAAACGGUUAUAUCUUGUAUGUCACACCCGGUUUUUGUUUAGUUCCUGGUUGGAUCUGUUCGGUUGUUAUUCCAGCUGAUCCCUCACUAAAAACUGGUCACCUCAUAUUGGAGACAGCAAGAGCAACAUGUCAGAAAUCGUUGAAAUCGAUGAAGGAUUGUACUCCAGACAGCUGUACGUUCUGGGUCACGAGGCGAUGCACCGGAUGGGCACAGCCAGUGUUCUCAUAGCAGGCAUGCGUGGUCUUGGGGUAGAAAUAGCCAAAAAUGUAAUCCUGUCAGGAGUGAAGUCUGUCAAAGUACAGGAUGAAGGCCAGGCAGCGUGGAGCGACCUUUCAUCCCAGUUUUUCCUGAAGGAGUCCCAUCUUGGUCAGAACCGAGCCACAUGUUCCCUGCAACAGCUGUCUGCCCUGAACCCACAUGUGCGUGUGUCGGCCCACACCGGACCCCUGGAUGAGGAACUGCUUCUGCAAUUUCAGGUGGUGGUCCUCACUGAGUCUUCACUGGAUGACCAGAAGCAUUUUGGUGAUCUCUGCCAUUCACGUGGAAUCAAGUUCAUUGUAGCAGACACCAAAGGACUCUGUGGUCAGUUGUUCUGUGACUUUGGGGAGCAGUUUGAGGUCUUGGACCAGAAUGAAGAUAUGCCCGCAUCAUCAAUGAUACAAAGUAUCUCUAAGGACAAUCCUGGAGUGGUGCUCUGCACAGAUGACCAGAAGCAUAGAUUUCCAAACGGUUCAAAAGUGAUCUUCUCUGAAGUCCAAGGGAUGACGGAGCUCAACAGCAUCACUCCUGUGGAGAUCAAAGACUGUGGCUCCUACUCCUUCAGCAUAUGUGACACUUCGACCUUCUCUAAGUAUGAACGUGGUGGAGUAGUGACGGAGGUUAAACAGCCCUGCAUGCUAACAUUUAAACCGCUGAGCGAGGCUCUAUUGGACCAUCAGCUGCUGAAACUGAAUGAUUACGGAAAAGAAUGGAGGCACAAGACCCUGCACUUGGCUUUCCAAGCCCUCCACGGCUUUGUGAAGAAAGAACAGAGACUCCCUGAUCCUUGGUCUCAGUCAGAUGCAGAUGCCCUGCUUGCCAUAGUGGGAGAGCUCAACACAGUCGCACAGCUGGAACAGCUGGAUGAAGCUGCUGUGAGAAUCCUGUCCUUCACAGCUCAGGGUGACUUGGCUCCUGUGAAUGCUUUUAUUGGAGGCCUUGCAGCUCAGGAAGUUAUUAAGGCGUGUAGUGGGAAAUUCACGCCUCUUCAGCAGUGGCUAUAUUUUGACGCACUCGAGUGCCUUCCUGAAGAUAAGGACCAGCUCGCAGAGUGCUCAAUUUCAGCAAAAGGCUCGAGGUAUGAUGGACAGAUUGCAGUGUUUGGCUCAGCCUUCCAGGAGAAGCUGGAAAGGCAGAAGUAUUUCCUGGUUGGAGCUGGUGCUAUCGGAUGUGAGCUUCUUAAAAACUUUGCCCUCAUUGGGCUCGGUGCAGGAGAAGAAGGGAACAUCACCGUAACAGACAUGGACUUCAUAGAAAGAUCCAACUUGAACCGACAGUUCUUGUUCAGGUCUCAGGAUAUUGGGAAACCAAAAUCGGACGUUGCGGCCAAAGCAGUGCGAGAGAUGAACCCAGCGAUGAAAAUCACCGCUCACCAGAAUUGUCUGGACCCUGACAGUGAAGAAGUUUAUGAUUACAAGUUCUUCAUGGGUCUCGAUGGAGUGGCUGCAGCCCUUGAUAAUGUGAAAGCCAGAGUCUACCUUGACGGACGCUGUGUGCAACUCCAGAAACCGUUGCUGGAGGGAGGAACUUUAGGAUGUCAGGGUCAUACUCUGGCGGUGGUGCCUCACCUGACAGAGUCUUACGGCCCGGACAAAUCGAGUUCUAAUGAUGCCAUCCCGCUCUGCACUCUCAAGAACUUCCCUCACCGCAUUGAGCACACCCUGCAGUGGGCCAGAGACCAGUUUGAAGGACUGUUCAAACAAGCACCUGAAAAUGUGAAUCUUUUCCUGGGAGAUCCAGAGUUUAUGCCUCGGACUCUUGGCCUGGGAGACGCUGAGGCCCUGGAGGCUCUUGAGGGGUUGUGUAGCAGCCUGGAGAACAUAAAAGCUGGAGGACAGCGUCCAACGAGCUGGGAAGACUGUGUCGGCUGGGCACGGAGCAAGUGGGAGAAUCUGUAUAACAAUGACAUCCGCCAGCUUCUGCACUGUUUCCCUCCUGAAGAGAAGACUGCUGUUGGUCUACCCUUCUGGACUGGAUCCAAGAGAUGUCCACACCCACUGACCUUUGACCUCAACAAUAGUACCCACAAGGAGUAUGUGGUGGCAGCAGCUAAUCUGUACGGGCAGAUCUACGGGAUCAAAGGCACAACAGACUGCGCUUCCAUCAGAAAAACCUUAGAGAAAGUCUCCGUACCGUCUUUCACUCCCAAGUUCUCCGUGAAGAUUCACGUCACUGAUAAGGAUAUGGAGGAGGACAAAAAACAGGACAGUGAUGAUGCCGAAAAAGCCAGACUUGAGGAGCUGAAAGGAAAGUUGGCCUCCCCGUCUCUGAAAACCUCAGCCAUGCAGAUGUACCCCACGGACUUUGAGAAGGAUGACGACAAUAACUUCCACAUGGACUACAUUGUUGCUGCAUCCAACCUGAGAGCGGAGAACUAUGUCAUCCCUGCAGCCAGUCGGCACCAGAGUAAGCUCAUAGCUGGAAGGAUAAUCCCAGCCAUAGCUACCACCACAGCAGCGGUGGCAGGCCUGAUGUGCCUGGAGCUAUACAAACUGAUCCAGGGCCACCAGGAGAUCAGCUCUUACCGAACAGCAUACAUGUACCUGGCUACCUCGCACAUUUUGUUUUCCCAGCCGUCUCGGAACCGCUACUUUGAGGUCGCAGGAAAGAAAUACACCCUGUGGGAUGACUUCCUUGUUGAGGGCAGACGCAGCGGUCAGCAGGAAAUGACCUUGGGAGAUCUGUUCCAGUUUAUCAAGGAUGAAUAUGACUUGAGCAUCAAGUAUCUCUUAUACGAAAACGCUAUCUUAUACAUGGGGCAAGAAGAGAGGCUCAAGCAAAGUGUUUCUGACGUGGUGAGGAUGGUCACCAAGACAGAUAUCCCUCCACACAAGAAGAUGCUGGAAUUCAUCGCCUCGUUCACUGAGGACGAAGAGUGUGAGACAGUCCCUCCCAUCAGAUACAUGCUCGUGUGAUGCCAUCAACACAGUUCACUCAAACUUUAUGGUAAACAUGUUUCACAUGGAAAUGCUUCAAUGUGAUAAAGCACACUUAACAAUCCUGUGAUAUCUUAUCAGUUUAAAACAUCCUCAUGUCUUUAGCUGUUGUUUACAAAUAUUACUAUCUGAAUGAUGUUUUCCUGCAUCUGUCUAUCCAUUCCUUUACCGUCUUUUUACAAUAUUUUAGAUUUUAUCCCGGGCUUACUGUGAUCAUGUUUUCGUCAAUUGUUCAUGGACCUUUAAUCAUAUAAAGUCAAACAUAACACAAUGUGUCUAAUCUGUUGUCCGGUCCCCUAGCCAUGUUCCAAACAAUACUUAAAAAUGCACACAUAUAUAUAUUCUCUUUUUAUGAAACAUAACAAAUGGCCAUUUUGGUUCCAACGUAACUAGACAUUUUACCGGGGUAUCUGUUUUUUAACUUCAGGUUUUCAUAUAAAAUGUGUCUUUGGAGAGGUCAGGCUAAGAGGUUGUCAAGAUGUUUGCCAAGUCCUAUGAAUUAGACGGUCUGGUGCAGCUUGGCCAUGCUGGCCUGGUUUCAAGGUUUAAUUCAGGUCAGACUGAGCUCAAUGAUGAAGGCCUGCAGUCAGACCAGGCACUUAACACAGUAGGUACAGGGCUUUCACAAAUUUGGGGGAUUUUGUCAUCUGGACACAAAUGCUUAAAAUCUUCAGAAGGAAUCCCAGAGCUGGAGAAGCUUGACUGGAAGCUUAAAGCCCUCAUCUGUCCUGAAAUGGCUCGUAUGCAUCACCUGUCCUUUUCAACAACCACACGAUGUGUCUGACUUCACACCCAUAUGUUAACAUAGUGUUGUUUUUACUCUCUCUCUGUAUUUAGAUCAUGUAAUGAAGAAUCCUCUCGGAAAUAAUCACUCACUUUGUGAAAGGGUUAUUUAUUCAGUGUGUAAUUGGGGCUGUGAUUCGGGAUGCUGUUUGUCAUUUAAAUAAUAUAAUUCAAUAAAUAUGUCUAUGAGGAA